AUGGCUUCAAGUGCUUCGGACUGGCUUGUGUACUUGUCUUUCAUCCUCGUCUUGGGAGUGAUAAGGUAUUGCUUGCGUCGCCAGAAUAAAUCUCAGUCGCUACCACCUGGCCCACCACCGAAACCGUUGAUAGGAAAUUAUCUCGACGUCCCAAAGGCAGAGCCAUGGAAAAUAUUCUCCCAAUGGAGGAAGCUAUAUGCAGGCGACCUCGUAUACGUGAAUGUUCUUGGGAACAAACUUCUCAUCCUGAACGAUAUGGAAAGUGUGCGCGAGCUUCUUGAGAAAAGAUCGCAGAAGUAUUCUGAUAGGCCGUCGUUUGUGAUGGCUAAAUAUAUGGGGAUCGAGAACAAUUUAGCGUUCGCUCCCUACGGUCCAGAUUGGAGGCAAGGACGGAAGCUCGUACAUGGAGCCGUUAACCAGGAAGCAGUCAAGAAGUAUCACUCGCUGCAAGAGGAUGUUACCGUCAGAUUUUUGAGAAAUUUGGUGGAAUCUCCUUCAGAAGUCAUGAAGCAUCUGCACAUGGCCACGGCUCAUAUCAUCGCGUCCAUAACCUAUGGGUUUUCUAUCGACACCCCAAGCAAUGUAUACUUCGACGAAUUUGCCGAAACGGAGCGAAUCGUACUGAAAAGCGUGGUUCCGGGGGCCUAUCUGGUUGAUAUGAUUCCUCUAUUAUGGUAUCUACCAUCCUGGAUUCCUUUCAACAGCAUACAGCGAACAGCUGAGAGGGGCCUGCAGCGAGUGACUGAUAUCGUGCGCCUUCCGAUGCAGCAAGUAGAACAGGAUAUGAAACAAGGAAUUUCUCCCUCUUCGUUUGUUUCGGAUCAUUUAAGGGAAGGCGGGAGUGAUGAAGUGAUCAGGCAGCGAUUGCCUUGGGUAGCGUGGUCACUGUAUGAAGGUAUUGGAUCCAUGCUGGUCUUCAUGCAUGCUAUGGCGUGCUUCCCAGAGGUCCAGACCCGCAUGCGCGAGGAGAUAUAUAGAGUCAUAGGGACUGGCCGCCUGCCAUCUUUUGCUGACCGGGAACGGCUGCCGUAUAUUAAUGCGGCAAUUAAGGAGGUAUACCGCUGGAAACCCAACACACCUUUGGGCGGACCAAGGAAAUUACAAAAUGCGGAUGUCUAUAGAGCAGGGUACUACAUACCGAAAGGCACCAUUAUCAUGCCAAAUAUCUGGUUACUCAGCCGGGACCAGGACAGUGGCAUAGAUCCUGAAGUAUUUUCUCCAGAACGCUUUCUUGAUACCCACGUAAAGAAAACGGCGAUCGAUCCUUAUAGUUAUGCGUUUGGCUUUGGAAGAAGAAUGUGCCCAGGGCGCUUUUUGGCAGAUAAUUCUGUGUUCAUGCUUGUAACGAGUAUCGUGGCGACCGUGCGGAUUUCGAAACCCAAGGAUAGCCGUGGCAUGGAAAAACCAUUUGAUCCUCCAUAUAUACCCGCAGGUCUAGCCAGGUGCGUCCUAACGAAUAGCAAUUAA